AUGUUGAAGGAUGUCCAGUUGGUCCCUUCCAGGAAUAUCUUAUCUAUUGCUUCCAGCAGCAACUUUAUUAUAUGUUUGAUUGUGAAGCCCAGUGAUCACUUAAAUAAUUUGCUUGUAAUCCAUGUUUAUCCUUCAAUGCUCUUUCUGGCUCGUGCUGAUUCUGACAUGACAGGCCAGAUGCUCUCCCGCUCCCAGCAGUGGGAUCACAACAUUGCUGCCAAAGUUGCAGAAUUUACGGCCACAUUUGAGAAGGAGGUCCUUGCCUUAAAUAUAAUCUCCCGCAAGCGAGAUCUUGGGGAGUUCCGAUCAGAGGAGAGGUUAAUAAUUGAGCAGGCUCUUCUACAGGAAGAGAGGCGAGCCCUGAUUGAAGUGUGGGCAGAAAUAGGCUCAAGGCAGAAGGCAUGUCGGGAGGCUCAUGGGGCUAAUUUGCGUAAUGCGGCCAUUGUUCACCCUGGGCAGGCUCAUGGUGAGAUUAUAGUGAAUAUGAGGAGUUAA